AAACCCAAGGCCCAAUCGUAAAUAAACACUAAACCGAGCUUGCCCUGCACUGAACACGUUUAAAACCCCCUUCCCCAAAAUUCUGUUUUAUUCCUUCUACUCCUUAAAUUUCUCCUCAUUCUCUCUGAAAACGCAGCUUUUUACCCUAAACCCUAACAAUGGUUUAUAUAACUUCCUGGGAUGAAUUCGUCGACCGAUCCGUACAGCUUUUCCGUGCCGAUCCCGAAUCUACGCGAUAUGUGAUGAAGUACAGGCAUUGCGAUGGGAAAUUGGUUCUCAAAGUCACUGAUAAUAAAGAGUGUCUGAAAUUUAAAACAGAUCAGGCACAGGAUGCAAAGAAGAUGGAAAAACUUAACAAUGUAUUCUUCACUUUGAUGUCCAGGGGUCCAGAAGCGGAUCCUGCAGAAGUUACCGGGAAAGACCAGAUGGAUGCACAGCCAACCAAGAAAGGAAGGGGAAGGAAACAAUAGUUUUUGUUGGCGUACAGUUAGAAAUUUUUUUGGACUGAUCUGUUAGGAUCCAGGGAUUUUAUUACUUGAAUGAAUCUUCUACAACUACGAAAUUUGUAACUACAAAAGUUGUCUUGAAUUCUCAUUCGCUAAUUUUCGCUUUUGAUUGCAUUUUAUAAACCAGGAUUAUUGGCGACGUUCACUUGCUUUAUCUUGGUCAACA